UGAUUUUGCAUUUCCGGGGUGAGACCUGUAUGCAAACAAUACAGAUCUCUCCCAUGUCAGCUCCUGUACACUGCUUUGUAUAGCUCUGCAUAGAAGAGCCAUACAAAGCAGUGUGCUUACAGUGUAAAGCACACACAGCCCACAUAGUAAAACAGAACACAGCACACAGUUAACCCUUUGAUCGCCGCAGAUGUUAACCCCUUUCUGCUCAGUGUCAUUAGUACAGUGUCAGUGCUUUUUAUUAGCACUGAUCACUGUAUUGGGGUCACUGGGGAUGUUAGUGACAGUUAGUCAGCCCCCCCCCCCAGUGUCAGAAUGCCCACCACAGUCCCGC